AAUGAUAAAGAAAAUAAGGCACCACAUUCACGUGAUACAGACAAAAAGCAGAAAGUGACUGAAGAGACUCAUGAGGUGUAUUUGGUAUAUAAUCAAAAUAAGAAAAAUAAUAAGCAGUAUAAAGUAGCUGAAGAGACUCAUAAAGAACUUGAGACACGUUUAGUGGUUAAAGAGGAGGCUCAGCGUGCUUGU